AUGCCGGCGAUUCCUUUCCUCCUCGCCGGCCUCUUUUACUCGACGGCCAGCCCUCGCAAAUACCCUCGACCAAUCCUCGAGGCACCAGCCCUUGGUGCAAAGGCGAUUCAAAUACAACCCUUUUCCUUGAAGGCCCUCGUGCUGUUCGUUGCGACAGCGGGCGGUCUGACUUGGUACUUUGAACAUGAGAAAGAGCGCAUGCAGAAGAAGCGCAUAGCAGAAGCAAACAAGACGGUUGGCAGGCCAAAGGUCGGCGGGUCGUUCAAGCUUGUGGACCAGGACGGCAAGCCCUUUACCGACCAGGACAUGAAGGGCCGGUAUUCCUUGGUCUACUUCGGGUUCACACACUGCCCGGACAUCUGCCCCGAAGAGCUCGACAAGAUGGCGGUGAUGUUCGACCAGGUCGAAAAGGAGAUUCCCGGUGGACUGAACGGGAUCUUUGUGACAUGCGACCCUGCGCGCGACGGUCCCCAGGAGCUCAAGACGUAUCUGGCCGAGUUCCACCCCAAGUUUGUGGGUCUGACGGGCACAUACGAUGAGGUCAAGGCGAUAUGCAAGGCGUACAGGGUCUACUUCAGCACGCCCUCCAAGGUCCCGGCAGGAAAAGACUAUCUGGUUGACCACAGCAUAUAUUUCUAUCUGAUGGACCCGGAGGGCGACUUUGUCGAGGCACUGGGACGGCAACACUCACCUGAUCAGGCAGCGAGUGUGAUUCUAGGGCAUAUGAAGGAAUGGAAGGGCGAGCUCAAAAAGCAGUGA